UCGCAGCCAUUUUCACUAGAGUGUUGCGUGCGCCAUGUCUGAGGGAGAUCAAGAAAAAGGCGUCGAAAAUAAACACUAUAAUCUGCGUCUGCGAGCUAGCACCAGGGCGUCUGUGAAACCGCCGGGGACAUAAACAAAGCUGGGGGUAUCAAAGCUGUGUUGAGACAGCGUUAAACAUGACAGAGGAUAUAUAAUGUCUGUGAAGCGUCUCAUGUGUUGUUGAGACGUGUAAACCGUGAGUGUUUUUCUCCAGACUGUAAAUAUAUCCAAAUCUUCAGCCAACGAGUGACUGAUGCAUCUCACUCGGGUUGCGGAGCAGGGCCAGUUCCGUUUCCAACCAUCAUGGCUUUUGUGAGCCUCUUCUCAAGUCCCCCAAGCCCCGUACUUGACAAAAACAUGACAGACUGUGAGCUGGCAGGGGAAGAAAGGGAGGAUGGCGAAUUGGAGGACGGAGAAAUAGACGAUGAAGGUAUCAGCAUAGAAGAAGAGAAGGAAAUUAAGGAGGAGUCUGAAGAGGCAGAGAAAGAAAAAGAGAAGGGAAAAGAGAGAGAAAAAGACGACAAGUCACACCGGCACUCCAGAAAGAGACACAGGAAGAUUAAAGAAAAGCGAAGGUCAAAGAAAAGGAGACGAGACCGUCAAAAGCAUCACUCUCCAUCCAGCAGCUCCAGCUCAGACAGUUAUGACUCCGAGCACGAGCGUCAAGACAGACCUAAGAGCAAGAAAAGCAAAGCAACAUAUCACGACCACGAUGGAGCGUUUGCACAGCGUGAGAAUGAACCUGCUAAACCACCGAGGUCAAUGCAGCACAAGAACAGUGAAAUGGACAGAUAUAGUGACUACAGUGAGGAAAAAUAUGACUAUGAUGAAGAGGAGGAGGAUUUCUCAGAGGAGCUGUGCAAGUACAAACAUGCUAAAGAGUCAUCUGGACAUGGCAAAACAGGGCCACCUAAAGACCAGACCAAGAGACCCAUUAUGAGGGGACAACAACAACAGCAACACUUUGGUGGACAGCGUGGUAGAGGGCGUGGUGCUGCAGGUAGGGGGCGGGGAUUGCUCAACAAGAACAAGAAACAGAAGGGGAAAAACUGGGGUCGGGGGCGUGGUCGAGGAGGAGAGCAGGGCGGAGGUGACGGGGAAUCUAAAGGUCAGCCCAGUUUCCAGAAGAAGCGUCCAAUCAUGAGCCAGGAAUUCAUUAAUCAACACACGGUUGAACACAAUGGAAGGCACAUUUGUAAAUACUUCAUUGAGGGUAGAUGCAUUAAAGGGGACCAGUGUAAGUUUGAACAUGACAAUGUUGUUCCAGAGAAAAAGAAAGAACUGUGCAAGUUUUAUGUCCAAGGAUACUGUACCAAAGGAGACAUCUGUAUAUACAUGCACAAUGAAUAUCCUUGCAAGUUUUUUCACACUGGAGCAAAGUGCUACCAAGGAGACAACUGCAAGUUUUCUCAUGAGCCUUUAACUGAUGUAACCAAGGAACUUUUGGACAAGAUCCUGAAUACAGAAGAAGAAAAUGUAAAUGAGGAUGUGCUGGAGUUAGAAGAUCUGAGAAAACAUGGAAUAGCCCCAUUGCCUAAACCACCUCCUGGAGUAGGACUUUUACCCACACCUGGCCCUGGAAGCCCUCCAGAUGGAAGCAAGAAGAUCCCCUCUUUGUUUGAGAUCAAAGUCCAGCCUACUGUGGACUUGGCGCAGAAGAUUGCUCUAAGGCCUAAUUUCUACAACAGCACAUCUCCCACUGCUGGACAGUUUCAUGGUGGUGGCGGUCCACAGUUCACUGGUGGCCUUGAGGAUAUGCAGACUGGCAACAUGAUAUCUUCUCCACCCAAUCCUUCCCAACCCCCACCUUCAGGCGCUAUAGGGAGCCCUCCUCUUUUAUUCACUGGUCCAGGGAUGCCCCAAAGUCCCCCAGGCCAACCACCAUCCCAGGGCUUUGGCCAGUUCCCACCUAUGUCACCUCCUUGUCAGCCCCCUGGUUUCCAUGGCAACAUGCAGCACAUGAACCGCCCCCCCAUGAUCCGCCCCCCCAUGAACCAGCAGGGGGCUCCAUUUCAACCUGUGCCUGACAUGCAAAUGAACAUGCCUUUCCAAAAUAUGGGCCAGAUGCCCUCAGAGUUCUUUAAGAAUUUGUUCAGCAGCCAGUCACUGGCACCAGGGGAUGAGGGACACUCUGGACCCAUGCAAGACUCCCAGUCGAUGAGUAAUGCAGAGUCUAGCGGGAUGCAGGACUUCCUGCCAGCUGUUCAGAAGGCUUUGCUUUUACACCUGAAUCAGAACAAGCAAGUCUCUGACUCUCAUAGGGAAGAUGGGCAGGGUUCUGCACCUCCCAGCAGAGAACAAGAUGAAACCCCUAAUUGGUACUCGAGUGAUGAGGAAGAGGGCAGUAGUGUAACAGCCAUUCUGAACACCUUAAAGAAGCAGAAUGAUAUGCUGAAAAACCAGCAGCCCAGUAUUGAACCAGCCGGCCCCAUGGACCCUAGACUGCAGAAGGAACGAGCUCUGCCUAAUGACCCUCGGAUAAAAGCUGACCCACGUCAGCGUCCCCAAGACCCCAGAAAGGACAUUAGAGACAGUGUUGGGGACCCCAGGCUUGCCAGAGACCCACGCAAGAUGAAACCUUUGGACCCAAGCUCCUCCAAGACUGACCCUCAACGCCACACACACCCAAACCCCUCCAUGUCCCACAAGCCUCACACCAGAGAUGAAGAUGAGGAAUGUGAGAGAGAGCUGAGGGAGAGAGCAGCCUUGAUCCCGUUGGACCCCAGCCCUGGAGCUGUGCUACGAGAUCCCCGUUGCCAGAUCAAGCAGUUCAGUCAUAUCCGGGUCGACAUCCUCCUUCAGCAUCCGGCCUUUGCUCAAACGGUUGUGUGGGGUCCAGAGGACCUCAUUCCUUCAUUGAUCCCCAAACAGGAGCCCUCCAUAAAUCUGCCACUCCCACCUUUAAUCGCUGAUGCUCAGCUGAACCGAAGCCUUUCCUCUCCUCCAGACCACCCUUCAUCAGUAGCUUUGACCCCUCCUGAUCCUCGUCUGGCAGCUAUGCGUCUCAAGGAGGGCAGUGGGAGACUCGGGAGCCCUCCCGGCAAGAUUCUUGAUUCUCGCCACCACGCUGACAAACCAAUGGACCCUCGCACUCACAAAAACCUUGAUCCAAGAGUCAGCCGGUCUGGCAGCUUGGACUCCAAACUACCUGGGGUGAGGGAGACUCCCUCUGGAGGUGGGGUCCUUGACCCACGGCUACAACGUGGAAGUGCCGAAGCUUUAAACCAACCUGAGGCAGCUUCUGCUAAGCCUGAGUCAGACAAAUUGCCCUCAUAUGCCCCUCGUCUGGCACCAUCAGUGGGUGCAGGACUUGAGAGCCCUACCACGCUAUUAGGAGGCAUCAGUUUAUACGAUCCACACAACCACACCUUACUCUCUCCAAAAUGUGAAAGUGAAGAGCUUCCUAAAAAGUCAAGUAUCCUAAAGCAGUCUGCAAAUCUCCAAAGCUCUCCAUCUCCACAUGCCUCACCAUCAAGGGGAACAGAAGUUGAAAAGGAAGACAAACGUCCAGUUGAUAAUUCUGAGAGCAACACAACUGGCUGUCCAUCAAAUUCUUCUGUGCCUACGAUGAUGCCGGCGUCUCCCUGCUCACCAGUCCGGGCAGCGGCACCCGCUGUGCACAACUUGCCCAUUCAGGCGCUAGCAGGACUAAUACGGCCCGUUUACGCUGAUCCGCGGCUGAACAGACCUGUUGGCGGGAAUCUGCAAGAAGAGGAAGAGGACAAAGAUAAUCAAAAGAAAGACAUGCCCCUUAGGGACGUCUUUAAAACAUUUGACCCUACAGCCUCACCAUUCUGUCAGUAAACACGCUUAGCUAGCUCAAACGAUUAUUGUAUUCUGUACAUCUGUACUUUGUAUUCACCCUACUUGUAUAUUGAGCUUUCUUUCUAUUUAUAUUUGUUUGUACAUACAUUAUCCACUGCUACAUCAUCUUACAAGAUAUAUUUUUCUUUUGGCCUCUUGUGCAUUCAUGAAUUCUAAUUGAAUAAUAAUCAGGCAGUUGUGCUGCCACAAAUGACUUGACUAGGGUCUAUUGUCAGUGACGCAAUAGUUCUGUUGUCACAGAGGGUUAAAAGGGAUGUGCAGCUUAAAGUAUUCAUAUUUGUUGUAGUGUGUAAUGCUAAAGUUUUAGUAAAAAUAUACAUUUUUGGUACAUUUCUACAGUAUCUUGUAACAUUAUCUUGUAACUGUGUACAAAGUAUAUACAAACACUGUAAUAUAUCAGGAUUCCUAUAUAUCUUUCAAUUGUUCUUUUCCAUCAUUGGUGCAUUUGUGGUUUUUGGUGAUAGCAAGGUUAAAAUGUGAGAUUCCAUCCUGAGAGACUUUGUUGCAAAUGGUUUUCUUUUUAACACGUCUUUUAUUGUCAUUGUUUUUUUGUUUUGUUUUUGGUGCAGAAGUUUUAGUGUAUUUGUUUGUUUUUUUCACUGAAAAUGCUGAAUUGCUUUGUGUUCUUUUAAUAUCCUAACUGAAAUGCCAGUGGGGAAUUGAAAAACGUUCCAAGGGAGUCAUAGUACUUGCUUCAUUUUUUUAAUUAAGCGUCUGAAAUAAAAAGGAAUCAAGUGACUCUGAGACCACCGUUUCUAAGUGGAUGGUACUUUUUAAUAAGAAAUAUGAGGUAAAUAAAAAUUUAAAAACAAGC